UAUACUUGACUUGUAUUUUAUAUUCAUUUCUUCUUCUUUGCUGCUUGUUUCGUUGUAAUUUGGUUGUGGGUUUUUAAUAAUUAGUACAUGGUCAACUAUGAUGAAAUUUACAUGAUUUUUGAUUAUACUUAUUGUUCAAAUUUCAAACGGUUAAAUUUAUUAUUAGCUCUUUUGUAGUGAUUAGGCAGGUUGGUAGGUCCUUUUAUGGGUAUAUUUUUUGUGGGAUAAUUACCAGUCAAACUUGAAAGAUAUUCUGAUUAAUACCAGUCUAACUUGCUUUUUGAUUGAAGCUUUGUGUUCAAGUUUCUGGGGUUUCCUUGAAAUUUGCUCCAAAGUUGGUCAACUUAAUUCCUUUUAGGGUGGGAUAUAACUUCAGUUUUUAGGUUUGUUAAAUUGUUGGAAAUUAAUACUCUUUUGGUUAUCUUUCUGUAAAUUUUUGUGGUUUUGGGUGUUUGGGUUUGUUUAUCUGUGUUUUGAAUUCAAUAUGAAUGCAAAAACGAGCGAGGAAUCGAAUAGUUUUUUAAGGGUUAAGCAAUCUGAUGGAAAAAAUGAAGAUUUGCUUUCGAAAUUAAAGGGUAAAGGCAGUCUUAGUAGCAAGGAAAGGAUGGUUAGAGCUGAUACAAUUGAUUUAAAAAGCCUUGAUAUACAGCUGGAGCAAAAGCUGAAUAGAGUUUGGGGCAAGGGAUUUGAUAUAAACAGGCCAAGGGAAGAGUGGGAGAUCGAUUUGUCAAAGCUGGAAUUAAAGCAUCUUGUUGCUCAUGGAACUUAUGGCUCGGUGUAUCGAGGAACGUAUGACGACCAAGAUGUUGCAGUGAAGCUCUUGGACUGGGGAGAGGAUGGUAUAGCAACUGCUACAGAUUCCGCUUCACUACGAGCAGCAUUUCAGCAAGAAGUUGCUGUUUGGCAAAAACUUGAUCAUUCAAAUGUUACUAAGUUUGUUGGGGCUUCCAUGGGAACAUCAAAUCUUAAAUUACCUGGAAAAAACUCUUCUCAAGAUGCUCCUCGCUCUCUUUCGUCAAGAGUAUGCUGUGUUGUUGUUGAGUAUAUUCCUGGGGGAACUCUCAAGCAGUAUUUGAUAAGGAAUAGGAGGAAAAAACUUGCUUUUAAGGUUGUGAUUCAGCUUGCUUUAGAUCUUGCUAGAGGUCUUAGCUACCUUCAUUCAAAGAAGAUUGUCCAUCGUGAUGUCAAAACUGAAAAUAUGCUGCUAGACUAUGAGAAAACAGUAAAGAUUGCCGACUUCGGUGUUGCUCGUGUGGAAGCUCAAAAUCCAAGGGAUAUGACUGGUGCAACUGGUACUUAUGGUUACAUGGCCCCAGAGGUACUUGAUGGACAACCGUAUGAUCAUAAAUGUGAUGUCUACAGCUAUGGAAUUUGCUUGUGGGAGGUUUACUGCUGUGCUAUGCCAUAUUCCGAGCUUAGUUUUAGUGAAGUUUCGUCAGCUGUUGUUGCACGGAAUUUACGACCGCAAAUUCCGCGAUGUUGCCCCAACUCCUUAGCAAACAUAAUGAAGAGAUGUUGGGAUGCAAGCCCAGAGAAACGUCCUGAGAUGCAUGAGGUGGUGACGAUGCUUGAAGCAAUAGACACUACCAAAGGGGGAGGGAUGAUACCAGAAGGCGAAGCUCCUAGUUGCUUAUGCUUUGGCCGUGCUCGUGGUCCCUGAAUUUCUCUUUACUUAUCUUCCACACAAUCACAUCCAAUUUUUCUUUAUUUUUGUGCAGAAUGGCUUAUAGCCAUCCUUGGCCGGUUCCAGGCCUCUCAUUCUUCGCGUGAACGGCAACUCUUUUUGAUGGUACAUAAAUUGAUAUUAGGUUGUCGAUUGAAUAUGUAUGCUUUAUUUUAGUCUCUUUUGCGUUCCUAGGAAAUUUUUUUGGGUUGGAGAAGUAAAUAUCAUUCAUAAAACCAAUUGAUUGUACUGUACAGUACAGGGAUAUGUUGUUUUGCUCCUGUAUAAUUUGCACAUGCUUGAUCAAUACAUAUAUAACGUAUAAAAGAUUUUUUCAGAAGA